AUGAAUGAAACAUAUUAAAAUCUGGUUUAAUAGUUUUUUGAAAAAUUGAAAAAAGGGCUUCCACAAAAGCUAAAUUAUUUUAAAGAGACAAUUACUAAAUUCUAAGGUUAAGAUAAAUCCUAUUUUGGAGAUCAUUUAAUUGCAUUCAAAUAAGGAAUGUAAAUCAAAUCAAGUAAAAUUAAGGAAUUGACUUUAACAACCUUAAUUGUAAAUUCUUAUUACAUAUUAGAACUUAGUAUCAAAAGGCUAUAUUGAUGGGUGCUUAUUAGACAAUACAGAUAACUUUUAAUAAUAUGAAACAAUGGAAAUAACAGACACUGCAAGUAAAAAAAAAGAAUAGCCAAUAAAUGUGAUUGAAUCACUAAUACAUUUAGUUUAAUAAUGUUUGGUGGAAAAGGAUGAAAUAAUUUCAUUAGCAUUAAAAUUAUUGAUAUCACUUGUAAUGAAUCCUUAUUGUAAUAUGUAAUAUCAUGAGCUAACGAAAAUCAUUAAAACUAUCGUUUAUAUUUAUGCACAAUCAAAGUCAUAAAAUAUUGAUAGAUUAUGCAAAAGCAUUUUCUUAUAAAUUAUUUUGAUAACAUUUCAAGGAAGUAAUUGUGAGAGUAUUGUCAAAAUAACAUUAGAUAAUAUAAUUAAUAAAGUUUCAGAUAUAAAAUAAUGCUAAUAUUGUGGUAAAUAAGGUAAGUUUGAAUGUAGAUAAAAUAAAGUAACUGUGUGUUCUUAUGGAUGUAAGAAAUAUAUUUAAGAAACAUUGGAAUUAAAAUAAAAAAAUUAUGAAAAUGCAUAGAAUAUCUUUGAUUUAUUAAUAAGACUCUUAUCUCCUAAAUAAUAAUUUCAAUAAUUAAGAAAUUAGAUUAUUUUAUUAGAAGGAAUUUAUUUUAUAUGUGAUAAUUAUGAUCUUUCAGUUGAUACUUAAAGUAUAUACAAUUUAAGUUAAUAUUUAUUGAAGUUUUGUUUAUAAAAUGAAUACUAAUUAUAUUCUUUAAGUUUUAAAAUAUUUUAAAGAUUAGCAUUCAGCAAACAUAAAGAAAUGAUUAACUAAAUAAAUAUUUUUAUUAAUUAAAUCUAUAUUAGUGUUCUAAUUAACAAAAAUACAACAGAUUAACAUAAAUUAACAACAUUAGAAUCAUUAUGUAAUAUCUUUUAAAGAAAACAUGCCUCACUUGAAUUUUAUUUGAAUUAUGAUUGUAGUAUAAAACAUGAAUUUUUAAUGGAAAAUAUCAUCAAUACAUUGCAUAAUAUCUUUUAACAAAAUGAAUAAUUUAGACUAGUAAUUACACAAAUAUAUCAAGCUAUUAUUAUGGGUAUAGAAUAAACUUUUAAUGAAAAAGCAAUCAGUAAUUCUUAAUAAGAAUAAUAAUAGCCUUAAGAUAUUGAUGAAACUGUAUUUAUAAAUUAAUUAGAGAUGUAAAGAUAAUAAAAAUAAGAAAUAUAAAAAGGAGUAGAAAUCUUCAAAAAAAAUCCUGAGAAAGGAGUAUCAUUUUUAAUUAAAGCAAAUAUUUUAUAAGAUGAUCCAAUUUCAAUUGCUAGAUUUUUAAUUGAAAAUAAAAGUUUACCUAAAGAGUCUGUUGGAUAAUAUUUAGGUGGUCAUCAUCCAAUCAAUAUAUAGGUAUUAAGUGAAUAUACCAAUUUUUUGAAAUUUCAUGAUUUAUCAGUUGAAUAAGCUUUAAGAUAAUAUUUAGAUUUAUUUACUUUACCACCUGAAUCUUAAUAGAUUGAUAGAGUUGUAUAAAAGUUUGCAGAUAAAUUCUAUGAAGAUAAUUAAAAUAAUUAGAAUUUUCAUUUUAAAUCUAGUAGCAGCAUUUAUACUUAUACUUAUCUUUUAGUUAUGUUAUAAACUGAUUUGCAUAAUCCAAAAGUUGUUGAAAAAAUGAAAUUAACAGAUUUCAUUAAAUUAGCUAGAUAAAUAAAUGAUGGAGAAGAUUUACCAUAAGAAUAUCUAACUAUAACUUAUCAAUCAAUUUAAAAAAAUCCACUUGCAGUUAGAGAAACUAAUACACCUAUGAAUCAAUUAACACCUAAUUAAUAUUAGAAGUAGAUGGAAGAACUUUUAAAGAAGAUUAGAGAAUUAAUAAAAAGAUAAUCUAAUUCUAAUUAUAUUUAAAUUGAUUAAGAAACAAUUUUAUUAUCAAAGGGUCUUCUUGAAUCAUUUUCAAGCAAAUUCUUAGAUAUAUUAUUAGUUACUUAUGAAACUACUCCUAAUGGUGAUAAUUUAAUUAAAAGUAUUCUCUAAUUAAUUAAAUUGUCUUCAAAAUUAUCUAUGAAAAUUGAAAAUCUUGUUUAAGAUGUUUUAAAAGUAGGUUUAAAUAGUUUAAAAAAAGGAAGUACUAUGUUAAUGAUUGGUUUAUUAUCUAUAAUUCCAACAAUUGGUAAUUCAUUACAUGAAUAAGGAUGGAAAUGUGUUUUAGAGGCUUUAAGUUAAAUGGAUGAAUUAAGAUUAUUAGAUUCAGAUCAUACAGAAAAAGUCUUUAUGUGUUCAAAAGAUUUAGAUAAUUAAUCUAUUGAGGAAUUUAUUAUUUAAUUAUGCUAAUUAUCAAAAUAUGAAAUCUUUUAAAAACAUAGAAUAUAUUCAUUAUAAAAACUUGUUGAAGUUAGUGAUUAUAAUAUGGAUAGAGUAAAAGUAAUAUGGAAUAGAUUAUGGUCUAUUGUAAGUUAGCAUAUUUAAGAAGCUGUUUCAUUUAGAGUUAAAAAAAUAACUAUAUUUGCUGUUGAUUCAUUAAAAUAAUUAAAUAUCAAAUUUUUAUAAAAAGAAGAAUUGUAUAAUAUACAAUUUUAAAGAGAGGUAUUAACUCCAUUUGAAUUAAUCUACAAUAAUAGUGAUUUCGAUGAAAAAGAGUUUGUAUUAUUAUGUUUAAAACAAAUCCUUUAACAUAGUAAAACUUAUAUAAAAAGUGGAUAUAAAGUAAUAUUUAAUUUAAUUAAUCUUGGAUUAAAAGAAGAAAAUGAAACACUUUCAAAAUUAGCAUUUGAUCUAUUAAAAUUUAUAGAAAUAUAAGAAUUGAUAUUAAUUGAUUUAAUAUAAACAUAUUAGAUAUUAGGUAAAAAAGAUAAUGAAAAUAUGGCAAUUAAUUCAAUUGAAUUUGUAAAAUAAUGUUAACGUUUUAUGAUAACUUAAGAGUAAUAAACAUUAUAGGUUCCUCUUUUAGGAAUUCUAUCAAAUUUAGCAGGUGAUAAAAGAAUUUAAAUAUAAACUUAAGCAGUAGAAACAUUAUUUUAUAUUUUAGAAGAGAAAGGUAGUUUAUUUAAUGAAGAAUAUUGGAUUAUGAUAUUUUCUUCUGUUUUGAGACCCAUAUUUGAUGAAAUUUAAUUUACUUUAAGUACAAAUCCAGAAUUAAAUUAAUAUUGGUUUAAAGAUAGUUGUCAAAAAGUAUUUUAAAAUAUUUCAAGUUUAAUAAAGAAACAUUACACAAAAUUAAAAGGAUAAUUACCAGAUUUUCUGAAAUUAUUUUAGAAUUGUAUUCAAAAUUAAAAUGAAAAAUUAGCUUAAUUAAGUAUAUAAGCAUUUAAAAUGAUGAUAAUGGAGAAAGGUUUAUAAUUUGAAUAAAAAGAUUGGGAAUUAAUAUUAUUAUUUAUUUAAUAAAUGCUAAAAUAUACAAUACCAACUAAACUUAAAGAUAUUGAUUAAUCUAUAAUAAAAUAAGAAUAAUAAUUUACUCGAAAACUCUAAAGAUAAAAAUCAUUAUAAAGUGUUACCAAUAAUAUUAUUAAUGAAUGUUAUAGUCAAUGUGCUGCCUAAUUAUUAUUAAUUUAAACAAGUAAAGAUAUUUGUGAACUUUAUCAUCAAAAUUGGAAUCUAAAUUAAUUGGAUAAUCUAGAAAAUACAUUUUAUGAAUCUUAUUAAUUUGCAAAAUUAUUUAAUUAAUAAAUUGAACAAAGAUACAAUAUUUGGAAAUCAGGAUUUAUGCAAGAUAUGAAUGUAUUACCUGGUUUACUUCGACAAGAAAGAGAAGCAUUUUCUUGUAUGAUAAUGAUUAUUUAAUUUAAAAUGGAGAUUUUAAAAUAAGAAUAAUUAAAAAUAUAAAAACAUAAUUAAUUAUAAUCAAAUGAAGAAUCAUUAAUUAAAGAAUAAUAAUUUAAACAAUAAUAUGAAAUAGUUUUAAAUAGAUAUUUACAAAUAUUAUUAGAUUCAAUUAAAUAAUUUAAUUACAAACAUAUCUAAUUUAUUAAUUAAUAAUAAGAAAUUGGUGAAGAUCCUCUUAUUAAAAUUAAAUAAUAUGAAACAGAAAGAGAUAUGUAAAAUCUUAGAACACUAUUAGAUGUUUCUAUUUUACCAAAAAUAUUAUUAUUAAGUGAUUAAGAGGUAAUAUUAAUUUUAUUAAUUUAGAUUAAACUCAAAUUAAAUGAAUUUUAUGAAUAAUUAUUAAAUGCAUGUAGUUUUGUAAGUGAAUACUGUGUAUUAUAAAUGGGAUGUUAGGAUUGUAAAAAAUGUGUUAGAUGUUUAAAUUAAUAAAAGAAUAAUUUAUUUUUUCAAAUUAAGAAAUGCUUACUAAAAUUGUUUGAGUUAAAAUGA